AUGGAAGUUGCAGAGUUCCGUAUGGGGAAGGAGAUGGUGGACUAUGUGGCAGAUUAUUUAGAAAACAUCGAGCAGAGGCAGGUUUACCCUGAUGUGGAACCUGGAUAUCUGAGGUCAUUAAUUCCUGAGGAGGCACCGGAGGAGCCGGAUAGCUAUGAAGAUGUGGUCAAAGACAUUGAGAGGGUCAUCAUGCCAGGGGUGACUCACUGGCACAGUCCAUAUUUUUAUGCAUAUUUCCCUUCGGCCAACUCUUUUCCCGCAAUGUUAGCAGACAUGCUAUGUGGGGCCAUUGGCUGCAUUGGAUUCUCUUGGGCAGCGAGCCCUGCCUGCACAGAGCUGGAGACAGUGAUGCUGGACUGGCUGGGGAAGAUGCUGAAGUUACCGGAUUAUUUUCUUGCUGGCACAGAGGGUAGAGGAGGAGGGGUCAUCCAGGGCACUGCCAGUGAAUCCACGCUGAUAGCUCUUCUUGCUGCUCGUUCCAAAAUCAUCAAACUGAUCCAGACUGGCUAUCCUGACCGAUCUGAAGCAGACAUUAUAUCCAAACUGGUGGCUUACUCUUCCGACCAGGCACACUCAUCAGUGGAAAGGGCAGGGUUAAUAGGUGGAGUGAGAAUGAAGAAAAUCCCCACAGAUAGUAAGUUUUCAGUGCGAGGAGAUGCACUACAGAGUGUUUUGGAGGAGGACAGAGCUGCAGGACUCAUACCAUUCUAUUUUUGUGCAACUUUGGGAACAACUCCGUCCUGUGCAUUUGACUGCAUCACUGAGCUUGGCCCUAUAUGUAAUGCAGAGAAUAUCUGGAUGCACGUUGAUGCUGCAUAUGCUGGCAGUGCAUUUAUCUGCCCAGAGUUCAGACCCUUCCUGAAUGGCAUCGAGUUUGCAGACUCUUUCAGCUUCAAUCCACAUAAAUGGCUGCUGGUUAACUUUGAUUGUUCUACAAUGUGGGUGAAGAAAAGAUCAGAUAUUAUUGGAGCAUUUAAGAUGGAACCACUUUACCUGAAGCAUGAUCACCAAGAGUCAGGCAUUGUUACAGAUUAUAGACACUGGCAGAUCCCGUUGGGUCGCAGGUUCCGCUCUCUGAAAAUGUGGUUUGUGUUCCGCAUGUAUGGACUCAAAGGUCUGCAAGCCUACAUCCGCAAGCAUAUAGGACUGGCAAAAGAGUUUGAGUCUUUGGUAAGAGCUGAUCCGCACUUUGAGAUCUGUGCUGAUGUUGUGCUGGGCCUCGUCUGCUUUAGACUCAAGGGCUCUAAUGAAUUAAACGAAACUCUGUUGAAGAGGAUCAACAGUUCACGUAAGAUUCAUCUGGUACCGUGCCAGCUGGCAGGCAAGUUUGUGCUGCGGUUUGCAGUGUGUGCACGUACUACUGAGUCAUGGCAUGUUAAGGAGGCAUGGUGCCACAUCAGUCACCUGGCAUCAGAACUACUUCAGGAACUGCCUCACUGAUCACUGGGCAUCACAUGUUAAUGAGUCCAGUGAGCAAUCCGUAUCACACCUGCUAACCACACUCUUAACACAAAAUGUUGUGUUAGUUAAAUUAAGUGUCUUAUUUUUACACUACUGC